UUUGGUGAUAAAUGUAAUACAUGUACAUCUACAGUGUGUGUGUUCUGAUACUAUCCAUAUCUGCCUGUUUAAUAUUUUGAGGGAAUUGUUGACAGUCUCACUUUAUCAGGGAAAGUCAGUCUCCCAAUGUCAAGAAAACACUUAUACUUAUUUGUUCUUAACUUCAGUCAAGUUCCAAAACUUACUUGGUGUUGGAUAUUUUCCGAUAGUAUUGACCAUAAAGUGGCCCGUGAAGGAGAUUCUGACGUUGCUGUUAACCUUCUGCACAUUGUUCUCAUUCACACACAGUGAGGAAGAGCUCAGUGCUAAGUAAUCCUGCAUUUUUUGGACUUCACAAGGAUUGCAGUUUAAGAUAUUUGAAGGACACAACACAUAUUAAGGGAUUAAGGUUUAAGUCAGGUGGGAGGUAAGAGCAGAGAUUUAGAAUAGAAAGGACAAGCCUGUUCUUUUGGGAUAUUGGAUCACCUUGUCAAAGUACAAUCCAUAUUCCUGUAUUUCAGAGAUGAGAGAUGAGAGCUGCAGAGCACAAGUAUUAUUAACAGAUAUUCAUAUAGGCUGUGAAUUGUUAUUAUUAUUUUUUCUCAGUGAGGGAGGCAAGGGGCACAAAUCCUUAUCUGCUAACUCUAUAGCAUUUCAACUCAGCAGGCAUUUUAAUUUUGAUUCAAGAGACACUUGUGUUCUCUUUUCACUUUUAUUACUCACUUUGCAUUCAUGUGAGGAGAAACAGGUCCAUUUCUGAAUGCAUUGGAGAGUGCACAAACCUGUCACAUCUUAACCACUAUAACGCUGGACGACAUGUGUGCGCCUGUGUGCACAUACGUGGGUGCAUAUUACACCACCUUUAUCUAUGAUAACAAACCACUCAGUAUUAUUUAUUGCACCUAAUUGACUACAAUGCUUCCUGGCAGUCCCCACUCUUAUUACUGAAAUAACUGUUACACUUGUCAUUGUUCCAUUGAAUCUUACACACCUAUCAUGAAUGGAAGAAGCAAUAAAAAGGUGAAAGUGCCCCAACACAAUAAAAGUUUCUUUUUCUCAGCAGUAUUUUGAAUAGUUCACCUUAGCUUGGAGCAAAGGUGAGGAUAAGACAUUGUCUCUGUGGCCCAUCUGUGAAUUAUUCAGGAGUCAGCCGUGCUUGCAGAAUCCAGUUUCCAUUAUGUCAUCUGUAGGCCCAGUUACCAGAUGACUAAACAGUCCCCAUGUCAGCUAGGACACUUGACACACCCUCAGUAUGCCUCUCUGCAUGAUGCACCUGACAUUGCUCCUCAGAGUAUUGCUAAAAUAAACACUAUCCUGUUGUUGACCACAGGAUCACUCUAGUGUGUUAUCCGCAGCCAAAAUGACAGCCUGGCAGUGGUGAUGGAAUGACAUGGCAUGACGUGUGACAGAGUCGUUGGUUUGUAUUUCAGUAUAGUGCAUUCUCUGGACAGUUUUUUUUUAUUAUUAUUAACAGCUCUGUGUGUUUAUAAUGCCAAGUGCCAUUUAGCUGUCCAAGAGCAAUCUCCAGCUCCCUUUAAGUGACAGUAAUUGAAAUAUCUGCACUGGUAGAAAAGAACCUUUGAUCUGCGGCAAGGCUGUGCAAACAGUUGUAUCCUGUUUGUAAAGUAUUUGAUAAAUGUCAUCUAUCAUCACUCCCCACCCCUUAUUCAAACAGUGUUUUCCUCCUGCAGCCGUGUGUUUAAGCAAGUUAAGGAGUGUGAUCUAUCAUAAUGUUUUUAUGGACAUUUUGCAGACUUCCAAAACAAAUUAAGCAUGACCUGAACCACCCCUGUUUGUGUUAAUGUAACUGGCACAGUAAGAGAGGCCAGGGAAAGUGCAUAGAACAAACAAGAAACACCAGUCAGACAUACGCAGAGCCCUAAAAUAUAUAAUAUAGAUAUAAAAUCUAUUAAUAAGGAAGCUACAGCAUAAAGCAUUAGGGAUGAAAAAGUCACUACAUUUUCCCUGGCAUAUCACAACAGAAAAAUACCCUUAUACAUAGGAGCAUCCACAAAUAUGGACAAUAGGGAAACAUACAACUGAAAACAAAAGUUGCACGUGUCUGUCAAGUAAAACAAUGAAAAGGAGUUAUAUACUUUAACGUUUAUUACAGAAUAAAUAAUAAAUAAAAAUUGGCAUUGUUACACAAAGUAAAAACAAGGUCUUAGUUUCAGACAUAAGGCACUUUGAUGAUCUGGGAAAAGCUUGGGUGAGUCAGCAAAUUGCAUACACAAAUAUUAAUCCAUUGGGUAUUUUCAUAUUCCUUGUAUGACUUGUAAACUUGAACAGGUGGUGCAUGACAAGUGUCCCGCCUCCACUAAGCUAGGAUGCAAAUAGUGCCUCAACAGGUAUCAGUUUACGCUUCCUUUGAGUAAAGAGGAGCAGUCAUCAGAUCAGCAGCACAGCAGCUCUUAUAAUGAAAACCAGACAGCAUGCUACCAUCAACUGAGACGCAUUGAAAAUAACAUUCAAUAGGAUCAGUCAACCAAUCAUCGCCUCCAUCUCCGCUGCAGCUAUGCCCAUUGCAGAGCUUUUGGGAGUCCAGUUCGACAUGCAGCUGGGGUUGAAGCUGAGUAUCUCUGUGGCUGCAGUGGUGCUGGUUUCAUGGGUCUACAGGUUCUACAGCUCCAGGGGCAAAGAGAGUCAGCCUGUCGAAGACAACAAAGACACUCAAAAUGCAACCUGCCAAAACUGCAAGACAGCACUACGGUGUCAGAACUCACCACAGCAUGACGCAGGAGAUGGGAGCCAUCGACCUGUGUCAUCACACGCAGACUCGACCACUGAGGACCUGCCUUCUCACAGGACUGAAAAAACAAUAACAGAGACCCAUCCACAUCAAGCUGAUAAGGGUGAAGAUGCAUUGACAAUGACAUAUAACGAUCAAGAUGUCAGCACAGAAGUAGAGACGCUCACUCAUCAGAAUCAGGCAGAGGUUGCUACCAGUAAUGUUUCAGUAGGAUCUGCUUUGAACCUUCCUGAUCCAACAGAGACUGGGAUGAUCAGUACAACGGGGCGCCGCUCCCCUUGCUUUUUGCAGAGGCUGGAGGGCAUCGUGGGUGUGGGCAGGGAGUUAAGGCAGGACUUGGAGCACCAGGGUGCCUACUCCAGCUUCCUCUCAAAGGCAGAGAUCAAAGUGGAAGAUGCCAACGUAGUGCUGGAAGGAACAGGAGACGAGAUUGUGCGUGGAAAGAUAUAUGAUUACUAUGUUGAAUCUUCCUCUCGUUCUGUCUCUGAUUCACACACAGUGCUUGGUCAGUAUGAGAGGAAUUCUGAGCCGCAGCCAGUGGAGUUUGGGAGCCGUGUCAGCAGCCCGACGGACUCGUCUUCCUCUUUGAGCCCCAUCAUUAUGCGUGAUCUGGUUUUAUCACAAAGCACUGAUGAGGAUGUCUCCUCACUAGGAAGCGGCAAGCUGAGGCACCCUGCAAGGCAAGUACUCCUACGCAAGGAGAGCUAUCUGUCUGCAGCAGAGCAGUGUGCGCUCCCCAUCCCAUUUAUAACUUCAACAGUCUCAGCUCCAAUAAUUCAAUCUCUGGCCUCAGCGAGCAAUGAGCCACUCUCUGUUCACCCUCUGAUCAGUCUCUCUACAGACAGCAGAGGCCCUGAUGUGAGCAACGGGGUUGAUCUAGAGACUGUAGCAGGUGCUCCAUUUUUACACCUUCCAGUAAAAACUCUUGAUGGCACCAAUUUGGAAAGCUUGACUAGCAAGCUUGAUCUUGGUAACUGCUUGGAGACACUGUACCUGGCCAAAAAACAUGGCCAGACCUCUGUGCAGCAAGCAGCCCUGCAGGUCAUGUCAGACAACUACCUCCAGGUGCUCAGGGACCCCAACAUCUAUGGGCGACUAAUGGCUGGUGAGCGGGAACAAAUCCAGAGACAAAGAACAGCAGGGAGAAGAUUUGUCAUGGUGGCAGAUAUGGACCCUCAAGACUGGACCAGGGACAUAGGAGGGCAGGCAGCAGAGACAGAGCAGAAAAGGACGUCUAGUGCCGUGUACUAUUAUGAUGACUACAAAGACUCCUGGCAAACACUCUGCCUUAUCCCACAGGAGGUCAUCUCUAAAGCCUGUGCCAUGUGCACAAUGGAUAACUAUUUAUUUGUGGCUGUGGGCUGCCAAUGUACAGGCAGAGAAAUUACACCCUCAAAGCGUGUGUUUUGCUACAAUCCUUUGACAUCCAUUUGGAAGGAGAUCAGUCCUAUGAAUGAGGCCAGACCGCGCUGCAAACUGGCAACACUGGAGGGCUACAUCUACGCCAUCGGAGGGGAGUGUCUUUCGUCAGUCGAGCGCUAUGACCCACGACUGGACAGAUGGACAUUUGUGGCUCCACUGCCCAAUGAUACAUUUGCUGUGGCACAUCACGUCACGGUGUGCAAUGGAGAGCUUUUCGUUUCUGGGGGAACUCUAAGAUAUAUGCUGCUGCGCUACAGCCCCAAAACCAACGCCUGGAGGCCAAGUCUGUUAGUAGGUAACAAAGACAGAACAGCAGAUAUGGUUGCUGUGGGGCGAUGUCUGUAUCGGUUUGAUGUUAACCCGUUGCUGGGUGUUAGUGUGUAUCGCUAUCAUACGGUGGCUCGAGUUUGGUACGAGUGCAGUUCCAAACGGCUCCAGCGCUGCCCUGUCUUUCGGUGUGUCACGAUGGAUGGCACAAUUUAUUGUAUCAACCGCCAGUACACCAUGAAGUUCGAGGCUGAUGAGAUCUCUCCUGCCUUUACAGACGUGGAUUUGAGUGUCCUCUCUGCAGUGAAGGGCAUACUCAUUCCCUUUGUCCUUACACUCCCUGAUAAGGAGCCUCGCCAGACCAGUGUGUAACAAGAAUUCAGUUUUCCACUGAUGAUAAGAUGAGGUGAUGAUGGAGUAUAUAAACGAAUCAUGCAUUACAUCAAGUUUCUGGGUUGUAAAAUGACCACUAUGCUCUAAUUUCUUUGACUUGUUGUUUAGUUAACAUUUUACAAGGCAUCUAUAUUUGAAUAGAUUAUGUUGGUCUGACUAUUGCAAAAAGAAAAGUGUGUUUGUUAUAUCUAGCCCAGUGACACUACAUGAAAAGUAUGAGACACUUAAUGGUGGUCAAACUGAUGUUUGUUUAAAUUUACGCAGGGUGUGCUGCCAUGUAAAUUGUUUGCUUCUUUGAUUUGCCACUUUUUUUUCUGCCAUGAACUUUAGAUUUAUAUCAUUCCAGAUGCUUGGUGUCGCUCUGUGCUGUAGAGAUAAUGCAUGAAUAUGGUACAUCUCAGAGUAAAUGAGUUCAUUCUACUCUAACACAUUACAGAGAUUGGGCAAUGUGGGCGUAAUCUAUCACUGUGCGAUGUUUGUCUAACUUACACAUUGGCCUGCAAACAGUGUAAUUAUCUCCAGUUGCUUUUUAAACAUGACAUGAUGUAAAUUGCUGUGUUAUACCAUAUUAAUAUGUUAGACUCCACAACAACUUCUAAAAUUCUGCUAACACUUUAAAUCACCCUCCUUCGUUUGGCAGGAAAAAGUGUAUUUGUUUAACCUUGACUGUGCAGAUUCUUUGUUCACUGUAUCUUGUUUUGUAUAAACAAGAAAUAUAUGAAUUUGUUUUUCCUUACGUUUGUAUCUAAAAUGAGUAAGUAUUGGGAUUAAGCCAAAUGUAGAUAUAUAUGUAUAUCUUUUUUUUUUACUUUGAAUGUGUUUAUAUUAUCUAUGAAAAAUGCAUUAGAUUUACUGUUCAGUUCAGGACAUGAGCGACACCCUGACAGGUUUACAGAGAGGGACGUGCUGCUAUAGCACCACCAUGUGGCUUAAUAGGCAAACAUGACUAUGCAAUGGGUGAGACGUUGAGCUCUUCUCUCGGCACAGAGGUGUCGUGUGACACGCAGGCAUCAGCAGCACAGUACAGUGACCUGUUAACAGUGGGUGAAGUAGAGGGUAUCAGUUGCACUGGAGGACAGCAUGCAGGCGGGGAAAUGGGAGGCAGACGCAGAUGGCUGACCAUCAAACAUAAGCACUUUUUAUUUUUCCUAAUUAAACACUUUGAUUCCCUGUAAUUAAACACCUAAUGAGAUGGGAGUUAGACAUGUCCCUUCAGACACCACCAUCAAUGACUCGUGCGUUCUGGUACUUAGGUCAGCCCUAGCGUCAACACAACUCAAUUUAUUUAUUAUUUCUUCUGUUCGUCUGCUCUUUGCUUUUUCUCUAUAGCAGUGUAGAAGAAAAUGUUCCCUGAUAAGGAAAUGUUGUAUAUUCUUGGAUGCUUCUCGUUUGCCUCAAUGCUCAGGUUCGCUCUGGCAUCAACACUGAUUUUAUUUUAUUUUGUUUUAUUUGUCUGUUCUUUGCUUUUUCUCCACAGAGGGUAAAACUUGACAGCCUGCUCUGCGUCUCAGACUUAAGUGUAAAGAGAGAGAAAGAAUUU